AUGCAUGUCAAAAAGAAACACCAUCAAGAGACGCUCUCCGCCAUACCCGCCGUUGAUGACGCUCAACACUCCCACACUUCUCCGGCCAAACGCCGCCGCAGAUGCAUCUGUUUCUCAGUAGCUCUCACUCUACUUGCCGUUGUUGCUCUUCUCAUUCUUGUCCUAGCUCUCACCGUCUUCAAAUCCAAAAAGCCUGUCACCACCGUCAACUCCGUCGCCCUCAUAGAUGUAAACGCCUCCGUUACCCUCCUCCCACUUAGGGUUUCUCUGAACAUCUCCCUCGACAUAAAUAUCUCCGUCAGAAACCCUAACAAAGUGAGCAUCAAAUACCGGAACAGCUCCGCCGCUCUCCGGUACAAAGGCCAAGACGUCGGAAAUGUUCCUAUCCCCGCCGGAAAGAUUGGGUCCGACGGAACCAAACAACUGAACCUAACGCUUACCAUCUUUGCAGAUCGAUUGCUGAAGGAUUUGGACAUCUACCGUGAUGUAAUCAGCGGUAACUUUCGGGUGUCAAUUUAUAGUAGAAUUUCCGGCACAGUCCGUAUAGUGAAUUUGUUCAAUAUUCAUGUGGUCUCUACUUCAACCUGCGAUCUGAAUAUCGAUAUUUUAAAGAAAAGAAUUGUUGAUGAGAGGUGUGAUUACAAGAAGAAAUCAUAG